ACAAUUGCGAUUGCUCUUAAAGUUCCCUCACAUCGUCCCUGAAGGGUUAAUUAGUUAAUCAUGCUACGCCUGAUGAAGAGGAUUCACUCGUUGAGGAGCUUCUCCUCAGCUGCUCUUCCAGCUCCAGAAACAAAUCCUUCAAUAAUGUACUGUGGGAUAUUUAUAAACAAUGAGUGGCGGAAAUCGGAGUCUGGGAAGACCUUUGAGACGAUCAAUCCAUCGACAGGAGAAGUGAUAGCAGAGGUCCAGGAGGGUGAAGCUGCUGAUAUCGACGUGGCAGUGGGUGCAGCAAGAAAAGCUUUUCGCCUGGGUUCCACGUGGAGGACAAUGGAUGCCUCCCAUCGAGGUGUUCUCCUCAACAAAUUGGCCGAUCUGAUCAUUCGAGAUCGAACUUACCUGGCGUCCCUGGAAACCCUAGACAACGGCAAGCCAUAUUCCGUUGCCUAUGGAUUCGACGUGGCCGCUAGUGCUGGAGUGUUGAGAUAUUUCGCUGGAUGGGCUGACAAGAACCACGGCAAGGUCAUCCCUAUGGAUGGCGAAUUUAUGGCGUACACGAGGCACGAGCCCGUUGGCGUUUGCGGGCAGAUAAUCCCCUGGAAUUUUCCCCUUCUGAUGAUGGCCUGGAAGAUUGCUCCAGCCCUCGCCACUGGCAAUACAAUUGUCCUCAAACCAGCUGAACAGACACCCUUAACCGCUCUAUACCUGGCACAGCUGACGAAGGAAGCUGGAUUUCCCCCUGGGGUCGUCAACGUCGUUCCCGGAUUCGGUCAGGCUGGAGCUGCUAUUGUAGCUCACAAUGAAGUCGACAAAGUCGCCUUCACUGGCUCAACUGAGGUAGGAAAACUCGUUAAACAAGAAGCUGCCAAGAGCAAUCUGAAGAGGACUAGUCUAGAGCUCGGUGGAAAAUCACCGAAUAUUAUUUUCAAAGAUGCUAAUCUCGAUUAUGCCGUUGAGACUGCACACUUUGGGCUGUUCUUUAAUAUGGGCCAGUGCUGUUGCGCUGGCUCCAGAACUUUUGUCGAGGAUGCAAUUUAUGAUGAGUUCGUGGAGAGAAGUGUCAAACGGGCUGAGAAGCGAACUGUGGGAAAUCCUUUCGAUCUUGGUGUUGAGCAUGGGCCACAGGUCGACGAGGACCAAAUGAACAAAAUCCUGUGCAUGAUCGAGAGUGGAAAGACACAAGGAGCUAAAUUGGAGACUGGAGGCACAAGAAUUGGGGAUAAGGGAUAUUUUAUAGCUCCAACAGUCUUCGCAGACGUUCAAGACAGCAUGACAAUCGCUCAAGAGGAGAUCUUCGGUCCAGUCCAGCAGAUCCUGAAGUUCAGUGACCUUGACGAAGUCAUCCAUCGAGCAAAUAAAACAGAUUAUGGCCUGGCUGCUGCUGUGUUCACGAAGGAUAUCGAUAAGGCGAAUCAUAUGAUUCAGGGACUGAGAGCUGGCACUGUUUGGGUUAAUACAUACAAUGCACUAGCAAGCCAAGUGCCUUUUGGGGGCUACAAGAUGUCUGGACAAGGUCGAGAAUGCGGUGAAUACGGUCUUGAAGCCUAUACAGAAGUCAAAAGUGUCAUCAUGAAGGUCCACGAGAAGAACAGCUAAUCCCCCAACCAAACGAUCCCCAAUCGCCAAAAAAAAACUGUACAAAGUCAAGUCUAGACACAAAAUACUUUAUACAAGUGGUGCACAAUACGAAAUUUUCAUACAUAUUUUUUUAAUUUCUAGUUAUUACAAAAGGUUGUUCUAGCUACUGGUGCUUGAAUCACAAUGAACAUAAAAAUAAAAAAUAAAUUUCA